UGGUCAGACGUGGAGUGAAGAGGAGGUAAAGGUCCUCAUACAGAUAUGGUCAGACGAAAAAGUUUCGCAGUUACUUGUGAACACUCACAAAAACUACGAGGUUUACAGACUAAUUAGUGUGAAAAUGGAGAAGUUGGGAUUCCCUCGCACAGUUGCACAGUGCCGCACCAAGGUAAAAAAACUUCGGCAACAAUACAUUAAAAUACGUAAUAUGCUCAGGAAAAGCGGCAGUUCAGGAGACGCGAAGGACAAGUUUCCUUGGUACGACGAACUAGAUCUUGUUCUUGGCACUCGACCCACGAGCAGCCCACAACAUGUGGACUCGCACCAAGAGCCUCCGUCCUCAUCCACCCUGGCUCCGAGCGACUCCGAAUCCACAGAGCAGGACUCAGUAAAAAGUGAGAAAAGUGCCACCAACUUUGAAGUUGAAGAGACACCCACCACAAGCUCCCUGCUGGAUGAGCUGGCUGCGGCUCAGAAAAGAAAGAAAAAGACAAAGGCUGACAGGUUUGAGAAGAUGCUUGAGCGCUACCUGGAUGAGAAGAGAAAAACGGAUGAGGACGAAUGCAAAAGAAUGAAGCAGGAGUCCGCCUCUUUUGAGAACUUCUUAAAAAUGCAGCAACAAGCUGUAGAAAGACAUUUCCAGUUGAUGCAAGAGCAGCAGACGGCCAACAACAAGAGGUUCUUUGAGAUGAUGUCUACUUUUCUUCAUGCUGCAAUGCCCCAAUCUGUGACACCACCUACCACACAGCAGUGGAUGCCUCCGCCCACAGCAGUCAGGCCCCCGUUGUGGCCCACUUCAUCCUCUCACCAGCCCUCUGCACACACUGACCACCAGCAUAAUAUACAAACUACGCAGCACAGUACACCUGCAUCAGCCCAAACACCACAGGAGCCAGACAUGGCAGCCACAUCUCAGCAUUCAACAUCUUCUGUUCUAGAUGAUGUCAAGAAAGAUUCCAAUGAUUUGUAG